AUGGUCGACAACAUGUCGUCGGCGAGCUCCUCGAGCUCCAGCUCGUCGUCCGACGGCCCCUCUACGCCUCCCAACGCCCACGCCGUGCUGCCCGGCUCCCUCAAGGCCGCCAGGGAUGCCGCACACGCACCCAUCGAGCCGUGGAUGGAGCCCUACACCUUCCACACGCUCAAGACCCAGGAUCGCUUCAUCAACCCGCGCUCCGACGAGUUCCAGCAGCCCGAACUCACCGAGCUCGUCGCGCCGCUCCUCGAGGGCUUCAACUCGCUCUGGUCCGACGACCCGUCCAUCGACCCGCCGUCAUCGAGCAACGGAUACAAUGCCACCAUCACCGAAGGCCUCGGUCUGGUCGAAAAGAGCGUCCGGAGAUUGCCGACAAAGGUCCUCUUCGACCGCAGCUCCGAAGACGGCGGCCUCGGCAACCGGCUCGAGCUGCGCAUCGACAGCGUCCAGCUCUCCAAACCCCACGUUGGCGACCGCGCAAAGGAUGCCAGGGAGCGCAGGGUGUUUCCCUCGGAGUGCCGAGAGCGCCUCGUCACCUACCGCGGCAAGCUGGCCGCCAGGAUCAGCUGGAGCGUCAACGGCGGGCCAGAGGAGAGCGAGCUGCGCGACCUGGGCAUGCUCCCCAUCAUGGUCAAGUCGAACCGCUGCAACCUGCGCGGACUCAGCUCAAAGGAGCUCGUCCGACGCCACGAGGAGCCCAACGAGAUGGGCGGCUACUUUAUCAUCAACGGAAACGAAAAGGUCAUCCGCUACAUCAUCGUCAACCGCGCCAACUACGUCUCGGCCAUCCAGAGAAACUCGUUCGCCAACCGCGGACCCGGCUACUCGACCAUGGGUACCAUGAUCCGCUGCCAGCCCAAGGACUCGCUGCUCAGCAUCACCAACACCGUCCACUACCUCACCAGCGGCGGCAUGACGAUCCGCUUCGCGUGGAGGAAGCAGGAGUACAUGAUCCCCACCAUCAUGGUGCUCAAGGCGCUCGUCGACGCCACCGACAAGGAGAUCUUUGCGUCGCUGGUCCAGGGCGACUUUGACAACACGUUCCUGACGGACCGCGUCGAGCUGCUGCUGCGCAGCUUCAAGAUGUACCAGCUCUGGACGGGCAAGCAGUGCCUCGAGUACAUCGGCAGCAAGUUCCGCGUCGUCAUGAUGACGCCCGAGGACUGGACCGACGCCCAGGUCGGCAGCGAGGUCAUCAACCGCCUCAUCCUCACCCACCUCGACACGCCGCGCGAAAAGUACCGCAUGCUCAUCUUUAUGAUGCAGAAGCUCUACGCCCUCCUCGCCGGCGACUGCGCCCCGGACAAUGCCGACUCGCCGAUGAACCACCAGAUCCUGCUGCCCGGCCUCCUCUACGGCCAGAUCAUCACCGAGCAGAUCGACGAGCUCGGCAACAACAUCCGCGCCCAGCUGGCGCGCGACGUCCAGCGCAAGGUCAAGGGCGCCAGCUUCUUUGACAACUCGUACAUCCAAAAGUCGAUCCAGAAGGUCAGCGCCGACAUCGGAGGCCGGCUGCGCGCCUUCCUGGCGACGGGAACCAUCACCUCGCCCUCGGGCCUCGACCUGCAGCAGACGGCGGGCUACACGGUCAUGGCCGAGAAGCUCAACUUCUACCGAUACCUCUCGCACUUCCGCAGCGUCCACCGUGGUUCCUUCUUCGCCGAGCUCAAGACGACCGACGUGCGGAAGCUGCUGCCCGAGGCGUGGGGCUUCCUCUGCCCCGUCCACACGCCCGACGGCUCGCCGUGUGGCCUGCUCAACCACUUCAGCCACAGCUGCCGCCUCAUCACGCGCUUCCUCCCCGUCGACCGAAUCACCGAGCUGCUCGUGUCGCUGGGCAUGUCCGAGGUGUUUGCGCCGGGCGUCGACGCGCGCAAGCACGUCGUCGUCCAGCUCGACGGCACCGUCAUCGGCUACGCCACGCCCUCGCUGGCCAGCCACAUGGCGACGGCGCUGCGCAUCUGGAAGACGGAAGGCGUCAACGACGUGCCGCUCGACCUCGAGAUCGGCUUCGUGCCGACGAGCAAGGGCGGCCAGUUCCCCGGCCUCUACCUCUUCUCGGGCCGCUCGCGCAUGAUGCGCCCCGUGCGGCUGCUGCACAACGGCAAGAUCGACAUGGUCGGCUCGUUUGAGCAGGUCUACCUCGACAUUGCGUGCACGCCCGACGAGAUUGAGCCGGGCGUCACGACGCACGUCGAGAUCUCGCCAACCAACAUGCUCUCGGUCAUUGCCAACCUGACGCCCUUUUCCAACAUGAACCAGUCGCCGCGAAACGUGUACCAGUGCCAGAUGGGCAAGCAGACGAUGGGCACGCCCUCGACGGCCAUGUCGCGCAGGAUCGACAACAAGCUCUACCGCAUCCAGUCGCCCCAGACGCCCGUCGUCCGGCCGGCGCUGCACAACAAGUACGGCUUCGACGAGUUCCCCAACGGCACCAACGCCAUCGUCGCCGUCAUCUCCUACACCGGCUACGACAUGGAGGACGCCAUGAUCCUCAACAAGUCGGUCGCCGAGCGCGGCUUCGGCUACGGCACCGUGUACAAGUCCGAGGCCAUCGACCUGCGCGAGAAGAUGGGCUCCGGCGCCCGCAGCGGCUCGACGGUGCGCAUCCGCUUCGGCUUCGGCCCAGACGUGCCGCCCAACAGCCGCGACCGCGAGCACAUCGACGUCGACGGCCUGCCCUUUAUCGGGUCCAAGGUGCGCGCCGGCGAGGCGUACGCGGCCUACUGGGACGAGACGACGAUGCGGACCAAGUUCUGCCGCUUCAAGGGCGACGACUACGCCUACGUCGACACGGUGCGCGUGCUGGGCAGCGACAACGGCGAUCAGGAGCUGCAGAAGGUGCAGAUCAGCUGGCGGAUCACGCGGUACCCGGCCAUUGGCGACAAGUUUUCCAGCCGGCACGGCCAGAAGGGUGUGUGCUCGCAGCGGUGGCCGGCCAUCGACAUGCCGUGGUCCGAGAGCGGGAUGCAGCCGGAUGUCAUCAUCAACCCGCACGCCUUCCCGUCGCGCAUGACGAUCGGCAUGCUGGUCGAGAGCAUGGCUGCCAAGGCCGGCGCCAUGCACGGCAUCAGCCAGGACUCGACGCCAUUCACCUACAGCGAGGACGACACGCCGAUUGACUUUUUCGGCGAGCAGCUGCGCGCCGCCGGCUACAACCACGUCGGCAACGAGCCCAUGUACUCGGGCAGCACGGGCCAGGAGCUGCAGGCCGACAUCUACCUCGGCGUCGUCUACUACCAGCGGCUGCGGCACAUGGUCAACGACAAGUUCCAGGUGCGCACCACGGGACCCGUGCACCAGCUGACGCGGCAGCCCAUCAAGGGCAGGAAGCGCGCCGGCGGUAUCCGCUUCGGCGAGAUGGAGCGCGAUGCGCUCCUCGCCCACGGCACCUCGUUCAUGCUCCAGGACCGCCUGAUGAACUGCUCCGACUACAGCACCGCCUACGUGUGCCGGACGUGCGGCAGCCUCAUCUCGAUCGCCUUCGACACCGAGGGGCAGCUGUCCGCGGGCGGCGGCGACGGAAGUGGCGGCGGCGGUGGCGGCGGCUUUGGCUCCUCGUCGGCCAACCACGGCAAUAUCUACACGAUCGACGCCAAGUCGCAGCAGUCGGACGGCGGCGCGCCCGUGCGCGGGCCGAAUGGCGAGUACUGCCGCGUGUGCAAGGUCGAGGACGACAUCCGCCGCGAGAACGGUGAGGCGCCGCUGCAGGGCAAGAGGCGGCCCAUUGGCGGCGCCGAGUCGACGUUCAAGGUGCCCAAGGACAGCGUCAUCCGCACCAUUGGCGGCGACCUCGAUGUCAUCGCCGUACCGUACGUGCUCAAGUACCUCGUCGCCGAACUGGCAGCGAUGGGCUUGAAGCUCUCGUUUGAGAUUGGCGAGUAA